AUGUCUUGUCCAGUUUCGAUUCAUACGGCUGCGACCAUCUUAGAUAGAAAUCAUUUGGUGAAAUAUGAUAGGAAGACUGGAUAUUUUCAAGCCACUGACUCGGGUCGAAUUGCAAGCUACUACUAUAUAACACAUGGAACCAUAUCUACAUAUAAUGAGCAUUUGAAGGCUUCGAUGGGAGACAUAGAGCUUUUCCAAUUGUUCUCUCUUAGUGAAGAAUUCAAAUAUAUAACAGUAAGGCAAGAUGAGAAGAUGGAGCUAGCUAGGCUUUUGGACCGUGUUCCCAUUCCCAUCAAGGAAAGUUCGGAGGAUGCAAGUGCCAAGAUUAAUGUUUUACUGCAAUCAUAUAUUUCACAGCUUAAGCUUGAAGGACUCUCAUUAACAUCUGAUAUGGUCUUUAUAUCUCAGAGUGCUGAACGUCUUUUGCGGGCUCUUUUUGAGAUUGUCCUGAAACAUGGUUGGGCGCAAUUGGCUGAGAAAGCUUUGAACUUAUGCAAGAUGGUGACCAAGAGGAUGUGGAGUGCACAAACACCACUUCGCCAGUUCAAUGGAAUUCCAAAUGGUAUAUUAACAAAAUUGGAGAAGAAGAAUUUGUCAUGGGAAAGCAAAUGUUCAUCCAAUUUCUCGCUCAGUUUUGGGGUUGAACUCACAAUAACUCCAGAUUUCUCGUGGGAUGAUAGAAUACAUGGAUAUGUUGAGCAGUUUUGGGUGGCUUGGACCCCAAUUGUGUUACCGGUAUCUUUCAGACACAUAAUCUUAUCUGAAAAGUAUCCUCCACCUACUAAACUUUUGGAUCUGCAGUCACUGCCCGUGACAGCCUUACAAAGUCCUUCAUAUGAAGUGUUGUAUCAGAAUUUUAAGCAUUUUAAUCCUAUACAGACACAAGUCUUCUCAGUUCUGUAUAAUUCUGAUGACAGCGUCUUAGUUGCUGCUCCAACCGGGAGUGGUAAAACUAUAUGUGCAGAAUUUGCAAUUUUGAGAAAUCAUCAAAAAGGGCCUGAUAGUGUCAUGUGUGUUGUUUAUGUAGCUCCAAUUGAAGCUCUUGCCAAGGAACAAUAUGUUGAUUGGGAGAAGAAAUUUGGGGGUGGUCUUAAAUUGAAGGUAGUUGAAUUAACAGGAGAAACAACAACAGAUUUGAAACUGCUUGAGAAUGGUCAGAUUAUCAUCUGUACUCCAGAGAAAUGGGAUGCUUUAUCUCGCCGUUGGCAACAUAGGAAACAUGUCCAACAAGUUAGUCUUUUCAUCGUUGAUGAGUUACACUUAAUUGGGGGUCAAGGAGGUCCUAUUUUAGAGGUUAUUGUAUCUAGGAUGAAAUAUAUUGCUAGUCAGGUUGAAAAUAAGAUCCGUUUUGUGGCUUUAUCAACCUCACUUGCAAAUGCAAAAGAUUUGGGAGACUGGAUUGGAGCUAUCUCUCAUGGCCUAUUCAAUUUUCCACUUGGCGUACGUCCUGGAUUAGAAAUAUACAUCCAGGGUGUAGAUAUUGCCAAUUUUGAGGCGAGGAUGCAGGCAAUGACAAAACGAACUUACACUGCAAUUGCUCAAUAUGCCAAAAAUGAGAAACCUGCCCUUGUAUUUGUACCUACAAAAAAGCAUGUCCGAUUGACCGCUAUGGAUCUGAUUACAUACUCAAAUGCAGGCACUGGAGAGAAGUCGUUUUUAUUGCGGUCCACAGAAGAACUUGAACCUUUUCUUAACAAGAUUAGUGAAAAAAUGUUAAAAGUCACAUUACGUGAAGGGGUUGGCUACUUGCACGAGGGCUUGAACAACCUUGAUCAUGACAUUGUGGCACAACUAUUUGAAGCUGGUUGGAUUCAAGUAUGUGUUUUAAGUAGUUCCAUGUGCUACAAAGUGACUUUGUCAGCUCAUUUGAUGGUUGUGAUGGGCACACAAUACUAUCAUGGACGGGAGAAUGCACAAACAGACUAUCCUGUUACUGAUAUUCCGCAGAUGAUGGGUCAUGCAAGUCGUCAUUCGGUGGACAAUUCUGGAAAGUGUGUCAUCUUUUGUUGGGCACCUCGUAAGGAGUACUACAAAAAGUUUUUGUAUGAAGCAUUCCCGGCGCCUCACCCAGAAUCCAAACUAUUACAAUUUACAAGGAGUUAG